CCAUCUCCGGCUUCGCCGCCGCCCGACGGCGACGCGCGCCUCUUUUUUUCUUCUUUUUUGAGCCCGCGCGUCUCUUGCUCUAUUUCGGUGUUUCAAAUGGGCCGAGAUAGGUGGGCCUUAAUGGGCCUGAAUCAAAUGCGAACUAUACUGUAAUAUUGUCGAUUUGGGCCGAAAAUUAUCCAUCCAGUACAGUCACCUGACAAGUAGGCCCUACGCGCCGCACUUGUCUCGCGCUGCUGUUUUUUUCCCCCUCCUCGGCGGCGAUUCCACUGCCUCGCCGUCGCCGGAGUUGGAGAAGAAGGCGGCGGCGGCGGCGGCGCAGAAAGGGUAUUUUGUAUUAGGGAUAUAGGCAAUGCAAAACUGCAAGCUGCAAAGCCAUGGCCAUCCAAGAUAAAGUUGAGAACAACGACCCAACUGUGACUGUUGGGUUGGCCGUGAGUAGUUCCAAAUCCAGUAAGUACGCCGUGCAGUGGGCUGUGAAAAACUUCUGCACCAAUGGGAUGGUUAGGUUCGUGCUUAUCCAUGUACUGCAGAGGAUCACCACGGUUCCAACACCGAUGGGCAACUAUAUCCCGAUUGAUAAAGUACGGGCUGACAUUGCCAGCGCAUAUGUGAAAGAAGUCGAAUGUAAGGCCCGAACGAUGCUCCUUUUCUACAAGAACAUGUGUGAUGAGAAGGCUAAAGCUGAAGUACUGGUUGUCAAAGGUGAAGAUGUGGCAGAAACCAUUUCCAAUGUUGUUUCAAUGUACGAAAUCCACAAGCUUGUUGUCGGUGACUCUUCUCAGGGCAACUUUAUUAGGAAAUCCAAGGGUACUAGGACAUCUUCUCAAAUUUGCAGAAGUGUUCCAAGCUUUUGUGCAGUUUAUGUUGUCUCAAAAGGUGGUUUAUCCGCAGUUUAUUCUCCUGGAUUUGAAGGUCACAAGAGUUCUGAGCUAUUCCUGUCCAGUGAUAGCUCCAAAACUGAAAUCCAUUCAGAUGAUAAGCCCUCAUUAUCAGAUGCCACACCUUCGAGAAGCUUUAGAUCAAACUUGACAUGGGAGAAUCUGGAAAGUUUAUCAUCCGCAGACCAUGAUAGACCGCGCUCCUUACAUGAGUAUCUUACUGAAAGCACUUCAGCAUCUGUUGGUGAUAAUAACAGUAAUUCUCCAUGUGCUAGCGGUCAAACCCCUCGACCAAGUAACGUGCUUAUCUCAGAUAAAGCUCCAAUGACAAGCAGUCCCCUGCAGGAAUUGAUGCUUUCAGAGGACAUGGAUGAUGUAAAUAGCGAGCUUGAAAAGCUGAGGCUUGAACUUAGGCAUAUUAAAGGAGUGUGCAAACUUGUUCAGGAUGAGUCCAUCAAUGCUUCUCAGCAUGUGACUGACUUAGCUGCAAAACGUGCUGAAGAGGAAGCCCGGCUCAGCGAGGUCUACUCCAGGAUCAACAGAGUCAAUGAGCAAGCACAUCAAGAGAAGGAACAACUGAACGCUUUGGAGGCUCAGUGCAGGCAUGUGAGGGAUCUUGCAAGAAAAGAAGCUUUGCAGAAGCAGAUUUUGCAGCUGAGGACUUCGAAGGAGGCUGAUAAGAUGCAAAGGCUGGAAAAACUUCUUGAAUUAGAUGGGAUGUCAUACUCAACAUUUACAUGGGAAGACAUUGAAUCUGCUACAUCAUCGUUUUCAGAGGCACUUAAAAUUGGAUCAGGAUCUAACGGAACAGUGUACAAGGGCAAUCUACGUCAGACAUCUGUUGCCAUAAAAGUCCUCACUUCUGACGACAGCCACAGGAUCAAACAUUUCAAACAAGAGCUUGAGGUUUUGGGUAAGAUCCGUCACCCACAUCUGCUGCUGCUCAUAGGUGCCUGUCUGGACAGACCAUGCUUGGUGUACGAGUACAUGGAGAAUGGCAGCCUUGAGGAUCGCUUGCAACUCAAAGGAGGCACGGCCCCACUCCCAUGGUACCAACGUCUUCGCAUUGCUUGGGAAAUAGCCCUGGCCCUUGUCUACCUCCACAGCUCGAAGCCGAAGCCAAUCAUCCAUCGUGACCUCAAGCCUGCAAACAUACUCCUUGAUAGCAAUUUCACCAGCAAGAUUGGCGAUGUGGGCCUUUCAACAUUGCUUCCGCUGGGGGAUGCCUUGUCGACAACGCGCACAAUUUUCAAGGACACAGAUCUAGUUGGCACACUGUUUUACAUGGACCCAGAGUACCAAAGGACAGGCCAAGUGUCAACAAAAUCUGACACAUACGCCUUGGGCAUGGUUUUAUUGCAGCUGCUCACUGGAAAGCCACCUGUGGGGCUAGCGGACCUUGUGGAGCAAGCAGUAGAAAAUGGUCACCUUGUUGACAUCUUGGACAAGAGUGCUGGGAAGUGGCCUGCACAAGAAGCACAUGAGCUAGCGCAGCUUGGCCUAAGCUGUUUGGAAAUGCGAAGCAAGCAUAGACCAGAUCUGAAGUGUAAGGUUCUUGUGGAGCUGGAACGGCUGAAAAAAAUUGCCAGUGCUGUCUCUGACCCUGUACGGCCAGUGAUAUCUGGACCACCAAGCCAUUUUAUCUGCCCAAUACUCAAGAGGAUAAUGCAGGACCCAUGCAUUGCAUCUGACGGGUACUCGUACGACCGGGUCGCUAUUGAGAUGUGGUUGUGCGAGAAUGACAAGUCACCGAUUACAAAAUCGCGGCUUCCUAACAAGGAUUUGGUUCCCAACCAUGCUCUGUUAUGUGCAAUUACAAGUUGGAAGGCAGAAGCAAGGGACUGAUUGAGUGAUUGUGCUAGGUAACUUCUCUAACUUCACAUGGAUACGGCACUCGAAGGCUGAUGAUGUACAUGUUUUUGCCUUGGUGAUGGCCUCCUUAAUCUCUAAUACUGUAGAUACUGCGGUAAUGUUCUUGUAAAGCAGCAGUUUUGCAGCAUUUUCAUAGACCAUCUCUGAGAUAAAUUUUGAAGGGUUUAGAGUAGGAGUAUCAAGAAGGUCAUUUUGUAGGUUGGACCAGCAGAAAGUACAGUAGUACACUUCUACAGUAUUGCUUUGUGAUAGUUUAUACAUAUACAUCGAAAGGAUAGGAAAUUCCUCUUA